AGGUCAGUAUUGAAACGUCAUUGGAAGUGAUAACAACGUGGAAUUGUUUUGCAGGAGUUUAGGAUUGUUUUUCUAGUGAUUUUCAGAAUUUUUGGGCAAAAAAUAUAAGUGAAGAGUGUUUUAAAAAUGGUGAAGAAGGUGAAGAAUAGAAAUAUGAAGCAUGGCAGGAAAGGUAAUCCGCACAAAAAGAAUUACAAUCAUUCCCGGAAGAACUCCCGGUACAAGGAGAUGUCCAAGGCGAAGGAGAAGCAGAAGCUGGGAGAAAACUAUAAAUUUGUGAAGAAGAUGAAGAAUAUUCAGCGGAAUACGGAAAAUGAAGAAAUCCUGAGGAAGCGUCAGCAGAUUGAGGCUAGAAAUAGGAAGAGACAGGAAGAAUUUGUCAAUAAUGUUCAGGAAAGUGACGAGGAUACAGAGGAGGAGGAUAAUUUCUAUGACAAAGUCCUCUCAAUGAUGAAUGUGUCUAGUAAAGUGUCCAAAGCAAUAGAGACAUCCUCUGAGGAGGAAGAUGAGAGAGAAAUGUCAGAAGAAGAGAAGGAUGAAGAAGAUACAGGAGCUCCAGGUGCUCCAGGCCCAUCCAAAAGGCCUAAAAUUGAGGAAUCUCCGAAGAAACCUUCUUUAGAAGAGGAAAAUAUUCAAGAAGAAGUUGAUCAUGGUGAUUCAGAGUCAGAAGAUGAUGAGAAAAAUCUCUGUGAUCCAUUUUUGAAGCACCUGGUGCAUGAUAUGAGCCCGGAAUUGUACGAAGCUGCUAAGAAUGGGGAUAAUUGUGAACAGAAGAUUUGCUCCUGGCCCAGUUUGGGGCGAUUGCUGGUCAGUAUUCCCAGAUCAAGCAAGAAAUCCGAAGAAGGGAGAUCUAAGAAGAAACUCCUGCUUUUGGAGGAUGAAGAGAAGUUUGCCGAAGAAGGCAAGAUUCCUGAAAGGAUAUCCGCAAAAGACACAAAUCUCCAGGAUCUUCAUAUAAAGUCCCAGCUUCAGGAGAAUGCAAGAAAUCUCUGUGAGAAAAUUCAUGGAGAGAGGAAUUUCUCCAAUUUGCAAGCAGAAAUCUUCUCCAUCCUCAAUAAUUACCAGGAUCUCUAUAUGCCAAGGAGGACUUUUGAGAAUGCUGAUGAAAUUCGCUUCAGCUACUGCCUCCAUGCCCUGAAUCACGCCCUCAAGAGCUACACAAAGAUCUCCCAUCACAAUACCAAAAUUCCCAAGGCUUCAGGCAAAUCUUCAAAGCCAGAAGAAGUCCAGAAGAAAUGCCAGGAUCAGGGGCUCGUGAGGCCCAAAAUCCUGAUAAUCCUGCCCUUCAAGAACUCAGCCUAUCACGUUAUAAAUACCUUAAUCGCUCUCCUGGCUCCGGAACUUUCCGGAAAAGUCAUGAAUCACAAGCGUUUCGUUGAGGAAUUCACAGGCAACGAGCUGGAGUUCCCUCGGAUGAAUCCCAAGCCCGCAGACUACGAAAAGAUUUUUGCCGGGAAUACAGAUGAUAAUUUCCGGAUGGGAAUAUCUGUGGCCAGAAAAUCUCUGAAGUUGUAUGCAGAAUUCUAUUCAGCCGACUUCAUAAUUGCCUCUCCAUUGGGUCUCCGGAUGAUUAUUGGGGCAGCUGGAGAUGAAAAGAGGGACUAUGACUUCCUCUCCUCCAUCGAAAUGCUCAUUAUUGAUCAGAUGGACGUGAUAUUGACGCAAAAUUGGCUGCAUCUCUUGCACAUUUUCGAUCAUUUGCACUUGAAAUUGCAAACCCGGAAGAAUACAGAUUUCUCGAGAGUUCGUUCCUGGUGCCUCAACGGCUGGUCCCGUUUCUACAGGCAGACCCUCCUCUUCUCCAAUCACGAUCUUCCGGAAUUUGUCGCCCUCCUCAGCAAACACUGCAGCAACUACCGAGGAUCCGUUCGGGUGGCAAAUCCCAUUGCAGCAGGAUCUGUCCAGCAAGUUGCCCAGCAAGUCAAUCAAGUCUUCCACCGGAUUGAAGUGAAAUCCCUCGAAGUAACCCAUGACACGAGAUUUGAAUAUUUCACCCGUACAAUCCUACCACGCCUCAAAGCAUCCUUCAUGGCUCACUGUCUCAUCUACAUACCCAACUACUUUGACUUUGUCCGGAUACGAAAUUACUUCAAAAAGGACUUCCCCAACUUCGUGCAAGUCUGUGAGUACACGGAAGAUGCAAAGAUUGCCAGAGCCAGGGAUAUGUUCUAUCACAGUGGAGCCCAUUUUAUGCUGUACACAGAAAGGGCACAUUUCUACCGGAGGACCAGGAUCAGAGGCAUUCGGCAUAUUGUCAUGUAUCAACCACCUUCCUGGCCACAUUUCUACCCCGAGCUCCUCAAUCUCAUGCAGGAAUGCUACCAGAAUCCAAGAGAUGGUCUCGAGGCUCACACAUCCGUCACGGUGCUCUACACAAAAUACGAUGCACUCCAAAUGGCAGCAAUUCUGGGCACAGAUCGCACUUCCGAGAUGCUGAAGUCCAGUAAAUUAACGCACACCAUCAUGAAGGAGAAAUAGCGGAAUUGGCGGGAAGAAAUCUGUACGACAUGAAGUGAGCUGUAGAUUGAAUUUAAAAUAUCGACACGAAAUAUAACCGAUUUGAUACGAAAAA